AUGAAUAUACGUAUCGUCACUUGUGUGCUCCUUAGCAUCGCUAUUCUCUUCACUAUAAUCGGUGUGGCCACAAAUCAGUGGAUUGGAGGCAAUCUUCUACGCAACAGUGGCAACUAUGCCGUGACCGCCAAAGCUGUCGGCUACCUUCUGAUUGUGGGUGCGGCAGUGGUCUUACUUCGUUGCCGUGGUUGGCUGCGUGUUCGCGCUUCAAGUGGCAAUUCUGGUGCCCACGUUCACUCGUUGCACAGUGAAGCAAACCACAACACGGCGCGUUAUACGUGUUACACGCUGAGGACUCUGAGAAAACACCUACGAGAACGAAAAGUUCUCUACUGCUCUCGUCUCAAACACGUCGUUUCCAUUCUCUCCUUCUCACUAACCAAUACCAAUGUGUCUGUGUGUGUCCAUCUCUCGUGCUAA